ACCAGAUGAAAAAGCACUGCAACAAUACUCCCCAACAACUGCUGGGACCACUGAACUCAGAAACACGGCAAGAGAUCAUAUUUGAAAUAUGGCUCAAAGUGACUUCCUCUACCCAGAGAACCCAAAAAGGCGGCAAGAAGUAAAUCGUCUUCACCAGGAGCUCCUUGACUGCUUAUCUGACAGCUUCCAUGCCACCAACAAGCUGACUGGGGUUUUAAAUACGCACUUAGGGUGCAGGCUGGCCUCCAUUGAAAUGAAAAGAGAUGCGACCAUCAAAGAAAACUGUGAUAUCAUCAUCCAAGCCAUGAUGAAGAUCCAAAAAGAAUUGCAAAAGGUUGAUGAAGCACUAAAAGAUAAACUAGAGCCCACCCUUUAUAGAAAACUUCAGGAUAUUAAGGAAAAAGAAACCGAGAAAAUUGCAAUAGUACAAAAGGUUAUUUCAGUCAUCCUGGGAGAAGCUACUUCUGCUGCCAGCGCAGUGGCUGUUAAACUCGUGGGCUCAAACAUCACAACUGGCAUAAUUAACAAGUUGGUCACUGUGUUAGCUCAAAUUGGUGCUUCUCUCCUUGGUAGCAUAGGAGUUGCUGUUCUUGGCCUUGGCAUAGAUAUGAUCUUCCGUGCCAUCCUGGGAGCAGUGGAGAAAACACAGCUUCAAGAAGCCAUCAAAAGUUAUGAGAAGCAUCUGGUGGAAUUCAAGUCAGCCUCAGAAAAAUAUCAUCAUGCCAUUAUUGAGGUCACCAACACAGUGAAACACCAAAUGAAAUAAACAGUUACUUUAUCUGCCUCUGGAAUAUUUUUCUGCUUCUUUCUCAAUAAUAGUGUUUUGCUACUUCGAUUAGGCUCAUUUUCCAUAAGCUUCCAAAUAGACAUAAAUACCAUAAACAACUCAGAAAGAGGACUCAAAAGAUGCUAAAACUAGAUGACUCUAGAGAGUCUUCUAUCAACGAUGAAUGCCUGGAUCAGUUGGUGCUAGACCCUGUGAGUAAAAGAGUACAUCCUGGUAUGUCUUCUCACUGUGCUCUACGGAUCAACAUUAGGGUGAAUGUUAUUGUAGAGCAGCAGGUGUAGGGGUUACCUUUUUCUUUUCUAAUUCCCAGUCAAAAUCCUUCAAAUCUGCAUUGAAUGCACAGACUUUCACUUCUACCACUAGCUCAGACAUCAUUUAGUUCUAAGAGACAUACUUAGUAACUUCUGCCCACAUGCAAACACUGAGCCUUCCAAUGGAAUAGAAAUACUACCGUAAUUUUGACCAUCAGUUUAAAUCCAAUUUUCUGUAAGUUGGAAGAGACUGAAAUAAGGUUUGUAACAAUUUACAUCAACGAUGAAAGGAGGUAAUCGUUCUGUAAACUUCUACUAAUUACACACUGUAAUCUGGAUGGACCUGUAAGAGAGAAAAGUUAAAACUAUAAAAGAUAAAAGUUGUUUCUAUAGUUGCAAUCAACCCUGACCAACUGUGGUGUGAUGAUUAAAUAUCCCUCAAGUGAAUGUCUGAACAUUUUGGAACAUUUUAAAAACAAGCAAACAAGCAAAUCCCA